AAAAGGCACUUUGCAUAUCCUGUUUCUCUGAAGGCUAACAGCAGAGCAGACUAGCCGGAGCCGCGUCGCGUGGAUGCUCGGACUGCGGGACAAAACUAAAUGCGAGAACAGAAUAAAAAAGGCUGAUAUCCAAUGAUGGACGGGUUUGCAGGGGACAUGCUGAGUGACAGCUCGGUCAUGGCUCGCAUGCAGAAGAAGUUCUGGAAGACCAAGCAGGUCCUCAUCAAAGCUACGGGCAAGAAGGAGGAUGAGUACGUGGUGGCUUCAGACGCUGACCUCGAUGCGAAACUCGAGUUUUUCCACUCGGUUCAGUUGACGUGCACCGAGCUGCUGAAGGUGAUCGAGAAGUACCAGCACAGGAUCACACGCUUGUCUCAGGAGGAGAACGAGCUUGGCCUGUUCCUGCGCUUCCAGGCCGAACACGAUCGCACAAAGGCCGGCAACAUGAUGGACGCCACCAGCAAGGCCCUGUGCACCUCCGCCAAGCAGAGGAUGGCACUCUGCCCGCCGCUCCACCGUUUGCACCAGGAAGUGGAGACGUUCCGGCGGCGCGCCAUCGCCGACACGCUGCUGACAGUCAGUUACAUGGAGAAGGCCCGUACCGAGUACAGAGGGGCUCUGCUCUGGAUGAAGGACGUCUCCCAAGAGCUGGACCCGGACACCUACAAACAGCUGGAGAAGUUCCGCAAGGUCCAAACCCAGGUCCGAGGGACGAAGAGCCAGUUCGAGAAGCUGAAGAACGACGUGUGUCAGAAGGUCGACAUGCUGGGAGCGAGCCGCUGCAACAUGCUUUCCCACUCCCUCUGUACCUACCAGACCACUCUGCUGCAGUUCUGGGAGAAGACAGCCCACGCCAUGUCGGGAAUCCAAGAGGCUUUCCGAGGCCACGUCCCAUACCAGUUCACCACACUUAAGGACCUGCGAGACCCACUGGAUGAAAUAACAGAGGCGCAGAAACAAGAGGAUAAGAAGGAGAGGCCUCGGCACAGCAACACAGACCGUCUGGUGUCCUUGGAUGACGACAACAAGCCAUCAGGAAGUGCCUCUGGCUCAGACCCCGCCCACAUCAGUGAUGGUUUGAUGUCCUGUGACCUGCCUCGGCCUCCUCCUCCUCAGGGUGGAGACUUGCAUGAGCCCUGGGGCUUUGGAGGCCUGUCACAGCUGCCUGCCUCUGGUGGGGGUCUGCUUUCAGGUGCCGGGACAGGGCUGGGACCGGACGAGGAGGAUGGCGAGCGGGGUGACAUGGCCUUCCUCAAAGACCUCCUCAGCCCGGGCCCAGGGGCCGUCGACGAGUUCAGCAGAGAGUGGCAGGACGCCUUCGGGCUGUUUGACACUCCCAGCGCUCCUCAGCCGAGCACAGGGGCGGCAGGUGGCGUGGAGGCAGGUGGCGGGGAGGCAGUUGGCGUGGAGGCAGGUGGCCUGCCGGUGGCGCAUUCCCUCUCAAGCCCCACAGGCUUUCUGCCCUCCCAGCUGCUGGAUCACAGUCUGAGCUCCACAGGCUGGUCAACCCCGCCCAUGUUCCAGGCUCCGCCCCUGCAGCCGCCUCCCGAGCAGGGCCAAUUGGCUCAUCCGGGCGCAAGUGCAGCAGCUAACGGUUCGGUGCUUUUGUCUCAAAUUUGCUCUGCUCCAGGUGGAUCCAAAGACAUGUCCGCCUGGUACAACCUGUUUGCAGACCUGGACCCCCUCUCCAACCCCGACGCCAUUGGACGCACCCCAGACGAGCUCCUCAAUGCCUAGAGACAUUGAUGCACACACACUAGUUACCAGGAGAUAUGUGUACAUAUCCACACUUCUGAAUACAUAUUGUGCGUUACACUGGAAAUUGUUGUUUCACACCGGAAAAGGAAAGCGCUUCUGCAGUUUUGUCGAUGACUGUUAACGCUCCACGUGGAGCUACUGACCUUCAGAAAACCUCAUUUUGGUUUGUUACCUUUUAUUUAUCGCAGCAAGCGGAGAGAAUAUUUGGGUUCCAGGUUUAUUUUGUGGGGGGGGUUCUGUUUAGUUCAUGUUUGCGGCGUUUGGGUGUGUGUUUGUUUGUCACAGGGGUCUUAGGGUGUAAAAAAAGAGUCUCUAUUGACGGCUUACUGUUGUUUAAUCAUGGAAGCACAUGAUUGUCACAGCAGGGGCCGGUACCACCAAGAGAAGUGGCUUAUCCAGCUGUCUUUGGACUUAAAGGUAUUGUUUUGAAGGAUUGUUGUAUGAUGUACUUAUAUAUAUAUACAGUCAGUGUGUUACUUAUAGUUAUCGUUACUUACGAUUUGUUUUUAAGUGGCUAAAAUAUAUUUUGGUGCUGCUCCCAUCCAUAACAAGGUAAUACACUAACUAUGUAUACGUACCUCAUUCAAACCCACUUCCAAACUAUCCCUUUAACUCAUACUUUUUCAUGGUGUAACAGUGCUGACCCUUAUGGAGUGGAUCACCGUGCUGGACAGCUGGUUCAGUUAAGGAGUUCCCGACACAAUUCUGACGUGCACAAAAGUUUAGAAUUAUGUGACGAGUCCGAGACAUUUGCAGCAGUAGAAUCCGUUAGCCCGCCGCGAUGGCCAUGUCUUUUAAUUAAGAACUUCCCCUCCUCUACAUGUGUGAUGUCAUCGCUCCAGUAACGGGGUACCGAUGUUUCUUCACAAACUCUGGAUCCUGAAGACUCCAGCGGUUUGAUGAAAGAUGUGAUGCUUCACUGAGCUCCCUCAGGAGAUUCUCCGUUGUCUGGUCUAAAGGCGACUCUGACCCGUGAGCCAGAUUACAGGCACACUGUCCAAACUAAUACACGUUUGAGAUCAGUCUCAAGUCCCAAGCCAAGAAAACAUUUUUUUGUGAAAGUUGAAACAUUUAUUUUGCCGUGGUUUUCUUUUGGGUCGGGUGGGUUAUUUAAGUCCUAUAAAUCUGCAACUAACGGCACAGAAGCUGCAUCAAACUGUAUUUAUUUUCAUUAAAAAACUAAAGUAACACUAAUAUAACGAGUGAAAUACUGUAUUUUUUAACUCUGUGUUGUGUAUUUUCAGAAUUCACAGAUGGAUUUUUGAAAUCUAUUUUAUGCGAAGAGAAUCAACACUGGAGAACUAUUACCGUGUAUUUCUGAUUUCAUUUGUAUGUUUGAGGGAAAUGCCACCAACUGGUUUUGAAUGUUUUCCAAAAUGAUGAUGCAGUCGGGUUUCUAAAGUCUUAUUAUUAUUAUCAUUAUGGUAAAUUGGUAAAAAGAAAAGUAUACCUAAGUUGUUGAGAUGUGAAUAUCACGUCCACCAAAUCCUCAGUUUCAGUUGUGUGCCUGUAUAGAUCUCACUCAAGGGAGAAAAGUGAUCAGAGAGGAAAAAACAACUCUUUUUAUAUAAGCUGCGUAUUAGUAUCUGCUUUUCUGGGGGAAAUAGACCCCCACUACACAGAACCUGUCACUUCUUUGGUUUUGGGAGACGACUGUGCUUGUGUUUCUGUCGCAUCAUGUAUUCUACCGUUUACUCUUGAUUUACACAACAAAAGAAUGUAUUUCUCAAGUCAAUCACAAAUGCUUUAUUUAAUUCAACUAUGCCUUUUUAUUUCACUGAAGGGAACAGAUUAAAACUUGGCAGUUCUGUUUCCAAUAAACUGGACAAGCAAACAAAGAAA